AUGCAGGCGCCAGAAAUUCGAGACGCGUGGCCCGACUCCAAAGACGAAGGCCUGGACCAAAGCUUGACGUCCUGCACGAGGUCUUCAAGCAGCACGGACCUUGCGGCGCGUGGUAAAGGACUUGAGGAGCCGGAGGGCGACGUGGAGCCCCAGGAGCCCGAGGGCACGCCGACGCUGCGCAGCACGCCCGCUGCGGCCGCACCCCAGGCCUCGUUGCCUGGCGAGCCGCCGGACACCUUCGCUCCCUCAGCGCCCUCGGCACCUUCGCGCUCAGUGCCCAGCGCGCCGAGCCGGGCGCCGGUGUCCACCGGCCUCUUCCAGGCGGACCGCCAGUGGGAGGCAUUGGAGGGGGGCACGCUGGCGGUUCAGCGUGGCACUUGCGUCUGGGUCCUGCAGCUGGACCCCAACAGUGACUGGGCGCUCGGGCAAGUCUUCAAGGACUGGUCGAUGCAGUCAGAUGCUGGCUGGGUCCCGCGCUGUGUGCUGAGGGAGGCCUACUUCCGAGUGUACAGCCCCUACGACCCCUCGCACCAUGCGGAGGUCCAAGCUUUGGCCUUGAAGCCGGGGGACUUGGUGACCGUGCAGAGCUUCGGCAACGGCUGGAGCUACGGAAACCGCGUUGGGCCCGGCAAUACCGUGGAGGCUUCGGGCUGGUUCCCGCAGACCUGCAUCUUCCAGCCGCUCCCGCUGCAGUGA